AUGGGUCAACUACUCUCUCAUCCAUUGACUGAGAAGACAAUUAUUUACAAUGACUAUUCGACGACUGGAAAUCAUCACCAUCACAAGGCAGCAGAACACAACGGGAGUUCGGCAACCGAGGAUAAACCGAGGUUCAGUAACUGUAUUGGGUCUAUGCAAGGAUAUCGUUUGACUCAAGAAGAUGCUCAUAUGGCAGUAACAGGGGCUGACUCGCUGGAUGUUUCUUUUUAUGAUCCUUUUCUGGGGAAAGUCGAAAGGUAUCAAAUAUCAGUGUUUGGUGUGUUCGAUGGGCAUGGAGACAAUAAUUGCUCUAACUACUUGGCUGGGACGCUAUAUGAGCACCCGCAUUCGAAUACACACUCUUCAAAUGGACAAAAAUACAGUGAGCAUGAUGGGUUGAUCUAUUUUAUCAAGUCCGCGUUCGAAUCACAUAAUUAUACCUCAAGUGAUCGACCGGACGGCAAUAAGAAACAGUUUAAAACAAUUGAAGGGUUAAUAUGUCAGGUGAUCAAAGACUCAUUCAAGGAAUGUGACGCAGUUUUUCAUAGACACUUCGCGAAUGAGGCAUCUGGAUCAACGGCUAUAGUUGCUUUAAUUAUCAACGGAUCAAUGCUUUACGUCGCCAACACUGGUGACUCGCGCUGCAUAUUAUCUAAGAAGAAAAAAGGUAUAAAAACAAUGUCAUAUGAUCAUAAACCACAGCACAUUGGUGAACUCAUAAGAAUUAACGACGAUGGUGGUACCGUGUCUCUUGGUAGGGUUGGAGGAGUACUCGCUUUGAGUCGGGCAUUUGGCGACUUCCAAUUUAAGCGAAACGUAAAAUAUCCCAACGCUAGCUCCAUAGCUAUCACUAGUAAAAGAAAAUUCGUCCCUGCAGAAGAGGCUCAGGUUACGGUAGAACCCGAUGUAAUACCGCACUUGAUUGAUACUUCUCAAGACGAGUUUUUGGUCUUGGCUUGUGAUGGUAUAUGGGACGUGUAUUCUAACAAAGCAUUGGUAAGAUUCAUAAAAUAUCAUCUAGCAUUAGGCCUAAAAUUGGAUGGAAUCAUUACCAAACUGCUUGACCACGGUAUCAGCUGCGCAGACUCAAAUACUGGUGUUGGUUUCGAUAAUUUCACCUUAAUUGUCGUUGCUUUGCAGCUGCCUGGCGAAACGCUAGACGAAUGGUAUGCCAGGAUGAAGUUUAGACUAGAAAGAGAAAAGGGUCUGCUGUAG